AUGGUUGAAGGAAUUUACAACAAAGGUUUGAGCAAAGGUAAAGGAACUCUUAUGGGCAACUGGUAUGAAGAGAGAUCUCUCAGAGAUUUCACUGGAGUAGGUAGAACUAUUAUUAGAGAGCAUAUCCCAAAGAGACACUUGAAUUUCGAGGAGCCUAUUAUUACUGAAAAAAAAUUUGAUAUCACUCAUGACAGAAUCUAUGGAGAGAGAAAAGAUCAACUUAUGUAUACUGAGAAUUUCUACUACGGAAAAAGCAAGAACCCAGCUGAUAAUUUACCUAGAGUUGGUAGAAAAACUAUUAACCAAGAGAAGGAAAUGAUGGAUAUCAUUGCUGAGGAACUCAGACUCAAGGAAGAGGAAGAGGAGAGAUAAAGAAAUGCUAGAUAAUUUGAAACUACCACUAGAGCUACAUUCUAAAAGAAAGAUCUGACUGAAAACACCAUAGGAAGAAAAGUAAUGAAGACCCAGGAUGGAGGUUUAGUUCCAUUCAGCAAUACUCUAAACAGCCUAUAAUGA